AUCCUGUUACUUUGAUCAUUGUAAUAUUACAAAUGUAAAACUCUUUUUGAACUCACAAUCUUACCCUUAUGGAAAUUUAAAUUUAAAUUUUGAUCAAAAUCAGUAUUCUUUAUUAUAUGAUAUGUAUGCUAAUUUUCAAUCUUCUUAUUAUGGAAAAGAUUCAGAACCUACUUUAGCUAUUAAUACUUUUAAAUCAAAAGCACCUUUAAUUGUUAUUGAUUGUUCGAAACAAAAUGAGUUUUUAAAGCAGUCUUCAGUCGAUGUACGUUUAGAAAUUGAAGCUAGAGAAAAUAUACCUGCUGAUACAACUGCAUAUUGUCUCAUCAUACAUGAUCGUAUAGUUCAGUAUAAACCAAUCAGUGGUAUUAUUAAAAAGUUAUAAGGAGUGGAGAGGGAAACAAAGUGGUGGGGGUGAAGUGGAGAAGUAUAUAAGACAUAUUUCUGAAGCAGAUACUCAUUUCUAUUCUAAAAUGGAGUUCAUAGUAGACGUUCAAGGUUUUAAAAAACCCUGCAAUGAAUUUAUUUUCAAAGAGUUGGCUAUAGUUCCUCUGGAGGCAGAUGCUCAACCAAGAGUUUACCUCUUUGAACCACCUUGUGCUUGGAAUUCUCUACCUGGACGUUAUAAAAGUGAAAACCUGUGGUUAACAAACAACUAUCAUUCAAUCCCUUGGAUGGCUGGAGAUGUGUGUUACGAUGAAGUGCGAACCAUUUUACAAGAUGCAUUACGAGGAGCAAAAACUAUCUAUGUUAAAGGUUGUGAAAAAAAACAGUGGUUAGAAAAGUAUUUAAUGAAUGUAUACAAUUUAGAAGAAAUUGACUGUCCAGCGUUUAAGAAUAUUAAAACUGAAUUUUUACCACCUACAUGUACUCAUCAUAUUACACAAACUGAAAAUUGUGCAGUAAACAAUAUAUUUAAGCUUCGAAAUUGGUUUUUAAAUGUAACGAGUGAACUGAGAAACUUCUCAAAUGGUAUCGACGAAGUGGAUGAUGAUGAUGAUAAAUCUCUCCAUGCGACCAGUGGCGUUGACUUUUUGGAAGUCCAUUGUUUUAAUAUCUAUGAUGCUGUAGUUGUUAAAGCUGCUAGUACUGCUAAUGCUGCUGUAGAUGCUGAAGCUGCUGGUACUGUUGACACUGAUAAUACUGUUGCUGCUACUGCUGGAAAUUUUAAUAGAAGUGUCGAAUCGUUGCUUCCAACCUACCUUAUAUCCCUUAAACCCCCACUUUUCUUCUUCAACUCCCACUCUUUUACCCCCACUUUAACGACUGCGCACGCAACUACCUCAAUGAAGAGACAUUUAGAAGACGUGUUCAAACUCGCAUAA